AUGACUUGUAAUUUACAUCGUUCAUGUGGCGUUUUAUAUAAAACGUAUGCAGGAUAUAAAUCUCAUAUUUAUAGACAACAUUUAUCGGAAUUACAUUCAACCGAAAAGAACCACAAUAAUUUAACUACAAUUCCUGUUAGUAAACAGGAAGAUAAUAUGAAUUUGCUUGUUGAAUCUGAUUUAACCAAUGGUGAUAUUAAUGAUCAAUUGAAUUUUGCUAAUGAUAAUAUAGAAUCAAUGGUACAAAAGGAUGACUAUGAAACAGGUUUUGAUGAUUCCGUUUUAUCAUUUGGUUCAAUCACUAAUGAUGGAAAACAACUAGGAUCAAUGUGGGACAUUAAAAGAUCUUAUAUUUUAUUCAUGUUGCAAUUACGUGAAGAAUGUUUACUACCGAAAAAUGUUAUGAGUAUUAUUUCUACUUACAUCAUAACAUUAAUGCAAAAUCUAGAAACUUUAUUGGAAAAAAAAGCAUUUAAUUAUACCGCAGAAAGUUAUUCUGCUGUGUCGUCAUCUCGAAAAGAAAACAAAAAAGCUAUUGAAUUUGAUCAAUUAAAACAUGUACUCGAUGAUAUACGCAACGCUAUACAAUCUAAUACCAAAAACGAAUAUCAAUUCGUAAAACAAUGCGAAAAGUAUUUUGCUUACACUUCACCUGAAGAGAUUGUUUUGUCAUCUGCCGGUGAAGUUCCAGAACAUGCAUAUUUUAUUCCAAUUGAAAAGACUUUGUCAUCAAUGCUGAAUUAUCAACCACUUGUUAUUCAAAUUCUUGAAAAUAUUCAACAACAACAAACAACAACUAAACACGAUGACGACUUGAUGUUCUCGAUUCGAGACGGAUACCAUGGUAGUAGACUAGAUCAUGAUAGUCUAUUGCUGCAACUUUACUUAGAUGAUAUUGGAUUAACUAAUCCAAUUGGUUCAAAACGUGAUGAACACAAAAUGUGCAUGAUUUACUUUUCGCUUGAAGACAUACCGGAUCAACUUCGUUCAAAAGUUGAUUUUAUUCAAUUAGUUGGCGUUUGCGAAAGUAAAACUCUGAAGGACAACAUCAAGGCUAAACGCUUCUUUCAGCCGAUUAUCGAUAAUUUAAAUAAAUUACAACUCCAUGGUCUUGUAAUCAAUGGUAUUCAUCAUAAAUUUUCAUUUUCGACUGUCGUUGCGGACAAUCUCGCAGCUCAUUUAGUUGGCGGUUUUCGAUUAUGUUUUAAUAGUGGACAUUUUUGUCGACGAUGUUACGUUACCUAUGACGAGAAGAACUUACCAAUUCCAUUGUCACAAAUUAAAAUUAGAACGAUAUUUGAUCAUGAUGAUUUAGUUAAACGUAUCAUGAAUGAUCCAAAUAAAUUUCCUUUGAUGGGUGUGAUCGAUCAAAGUCCGUUGAAUGAUCUAAUUGGUUUUCAUCCAAUAGUCUCUUUACCCGGUGAUAUUAUGCAUGAUUUUAUCGAAGGGGCAUGUCCACUCGUUGUAAUGUCUCUAUUGAAACAAGCCUCAUCAAUGCGUCUUAUAACAUAUGGUGAGAAAUAA